GCCAGAAUUUGAUUCAGCAUGGUGAUGACCCCCAAUGACUUUGACGAGGACGCAGCUAUUCGCCGCUUCCAAGAGCUCCUGCGCAUUCCCACGGUCAGUGGACACGGGCCCGAAGGGGCGUACCAAGAUUGCGCAGCAUGGCUGAUUGCGUACAUGCAAGAGCUCGGAUUUCUCGAAGACAUCCACGAGUUUUCACCUGUCGAAGGCAAGCCCAUCGUCGUGGCCACGUGGAAAGGUAAGGACGCGUCGUUGCCCAGCAUCCUCUUGAACUCGCACUACGACGUGGUGCCUGUGAUGGAGCAGUUUUGGAACUACGAGCCAUUUGGGGGAGAGCUGUUGGAAAACGGAAUGAUCGUCGGCCGUGGCACCCAAGACAUGAAGUGCGUGUGCGUGCAAUACCUGGAGGCCUUGCGCCUGCUGCACUCGACGGGGUUCGUGCCUGCGCGCAACAUCCACUUGAGCUACGUCCCGGACGAAGAAAUCGGUGGCUCCGAUGGCAUGGGCAAGUUCCUCAAAUCCAACCAGUACCAAGCCAUGCUUCCCAUCGCGCUGGCCCUGGACGAAGGGCUGGCCAACCCCACCAACAAGUUCACCGUGUUUUACGGCGAGCGGACGCCUUGGUGGCUGUACGUCAAGGCGGAAGGGCCGACGGGCCACGGCAGUCGCUUUAUCAAGGACACGGCCACGAUCAAGUUGAUUGACAUUUGCAACAAGGCGCUCAAGUUUCGCGAUGACCAAGAGAACCUUCUUGGCGCGUCAUGUGGAUGCAAGCACGGCGAGAUGAAGAAAAACAAGCUCGGGGACGUGACCACCGUCAACUUGACUGUGCUGCGCAGCGGCGUGACCACGGACGGCGGCCGCACGUUUGCGCUCAACGUGAUUCCCACGGAUGCCAUGGCAGGGUUUGACAUUCGCAUCUCUCCGAGCCAAGACUUGGAUGCGUUCAAGGCACUACAAUACACCCCCCCCCCAAACUCACGUUCAAACUCACAGUAAAGUGUGUGUAUGUAGGCCAUGCUGGACGAAUGGUGCUGUGCCGAAGGCGUGUCGUGGGAGUUUGUAUCCAAGAAUCCGCUGCAUCAGCACCAUGUGACAUCGGUAGAAGACGAGACCAACCCCCUGUGCGCCAAAUUUCUCGAUGUGGCGGCGAAAUUGGGGAUGGACGUGGAGCUGGAUGUGUUUCCCGCCGCCACGGACAGCCGGUUCCUGCGGCAGCUGGGCGUGCCGGCGCUCGGGUUCUCGCCCAUGAACAACACCGAGGUGCUCCUGCAUGAGCACAAUGAAAUGCUGCACAAGGACACGUUCGUGCGCGGCAUCCACCUCUUCAAAGGCAUCUUUGAGCAGUUGUUUGACAACUGAUACAAAAAGUCGGAUCAUCUCCCACGACGUACAUAUGUACACUGUGGACGCUGUAGCGUGGACGGACGUUGUUGAUCUCUGUGACGUGGUGCAAUGAGUAAUAUCACUCGAACCAUGAAAUCGUGUG